AUGGCGACAUCCCCUGUCGCCGUUGUCUGUAUCGGCAUGGCCGGAUCCGGCAAAACUACGUUCAUGCAGCGCAUCAACAACUACCUGCACGUAAACAAGAAGAAGCCAUAUGUCCUCAACCUCGAUCCUGCUGUCAUCAACGUUCCAUUUCAACCCAACAUCGACAUCCGCGACAGCAUCAACUACAAAGAAGUGAUGAAGCAGUACAAUCUUGGUCCGAACGGCGGCAUCCUUACGUCUCUUAAUUUAUUCGCAACCAAGAUCGAUCAAAUCAUCACAUUACUUGAAAAGCGAGCAAAUCCACCUUCAGAUAGUAAAGUGCCGCCGCCGAAUCAUUUUCUGGUCGAUACGCCAGGACAGAUCGAGGUCUUCGUCUGGUCGGCUUCAGGCAGCAUUCUCCUCGAGUCGCUUGCGUCCUCCUUCCCUACCGUCAUUGCCUACAUCAUCGAUACGCCGCGUACAUCUUCUACAUCGACGUUCAUGUCUAAUAUGCUUUACGCGUGCUCAAUUUUGUACAAGACAAAGCUUCCGAUGAUUCUUGUUUUCAACAAGACGGAUGUUCAGGAUGCAGAAUUCGCAAGAGAAUGGAUGACGGAUUUCGAUAAAUUCCAAGAAGCCCUCAAUGAGGAGCAGAACAAAGGUGUUUUUGGAGGUGAAGGCUUCGGUGGCGGGAGCGGCUACAUGGCCAGCCUUCUCAAUAGCAUGAGUCUCAUGUUGGAAGAGUUCUAUUCUCAUCUAAACAUGGUGGCAGUUUCGAGCAUGACCGGUGAGGGUGUCGACGAUUUCUUCGAAGCUGUAGAAGAGAAGCGGAAGGAGUUUGAAAGGGAUUAUCGGCCGGAGCUGGAGAAGCGAAGGAAGGAGCGCGAACAAGAGACUGCGGCCAAACGAGAACAUGACUUGACGAAAGUGAUGAAAGACAUGAAAAUGAACUCCAACUCAAAAGCGUCCGACGACGCGGCCGCAAAAGGAGAGUCUGAUGACGAUGACGAAGAAGACGAGCUCGUUGAUCCGGACGAUUUCCCUGACGCGGAACGAGGAGACGAUGAAGAAGGCUUGAAACAGAGAUACAGGAAUGCCCUGCGCGAACAAGGCAUCCAAGUUGACGACAAUGAUCCCACAGUCGCCCGAAUGCUGGCAGAAACACGGCGAGCGGGAUGA